UUUCAGGCAUUCUAGGAGGUCCUUUAUCUUCUGCUUCUGGUUGAGAAGGUAAUUUCCAUCCUCUUCUCUUUCUAUUUGAAUGCCAAGAUAACAGGAGAUGCUUCCACUUCUUUGUUCAGGUACUCCACAUUCAGGUACUCCACAUCCACUUCUUUGUUCAGGUACUCCACAGUCUCUUGACUGUCUUGUUUCUUUUCAUAGCAAAUAAUCAAGUCAUCAACAGAAGUCCAAAUGUAAGUCUAUCCCUCUCUCAACAAGUCUGUUUCCCCCCUCUUUCUCACCAAGUCCCCUCUCUCAUCAAGCCCACCUCUCACGAAGCCCUUUCUGUCUCUCACCAAGCCUCUUUUUCUCUUUAUCACCAAGCUGCUUUCUCUCUCUCUCUCCAAGCCCCCCCCUCACCAAACCUCUCUCCCUCCCUCCAAGCCCCCCUAAGACUCUUCUCUCACGCGCUCGCUCAACAAGCCUUGCCAUUCAACCCCUUUUCACUCUCUUUUUCUCUCUUGGCCCCAAACACAGGAAGAUCAGAUUUACAACAGCCAGUAAACUCUCCCAAGCAGAUAACUUCUUCCAACUCCUCCUCCCCCUAACUUCCUGUUUUGCACUUACUGGAUGGAGUAGCCUGCUCAUUAAGCUGCUCCGGCCAGUCUGAUUGCUAGGAGGCGCUGGCCUGUUCCCUCCCCCAAAUUGCAGUAAAAAUGGGCAAAAAAAUACAAUUCCUUUUGGCUUCAGGGGCAGUAUUUUCAACCCAUUUUUUAUUUCCUUGAGUGGGUGAUGCCACAAGCCACCCACUAGGGUUCAGAAGCUGGAGCAGCUUGAUUAGCAGCUGUUCCAGCCAGGAAGUUAUAGGGAUGGGGAGGAGGGGCUAGAGAAUGCUCCCCACGUGAGAGAGUUCUCUGGCUGCUGGUAAGUCCGGUAUUCUGCUGGAUUCAUGUUUGUUUUUGUUUGUGGGGGGGGGAGGGGGCAUAGCUCCCCACUGCCCUUACUGGCUAGCUGCCCUUGUUGCAUAAAGGCUUCCCUCCCAAGUAGGGGGGGCAUUGAUACUCUGGAAAUUAAAAAGCAGCAAUUGGCUUUCUGUUCAGCUUAGCUACUCUAUACUGGAACUAUUAUACUGUAGUUCCAUAUAGCUUUAUAUUGUACAUGUAUACAUACAUGCAAUCAACACAUAUACUGCUACUACUGCCAUUAAUAGUUGUAUACCACUUUUCAACAAAUGUUCUCAAAGUAGUUUACAUAGAAUAAUUAAUUAAUUAACUAAUCAAUUAAAGAUGGCUCCCUGUCCCAAAAGGAAUCACAAAUCUAAAAAGAAACCUAAGGUAGACACAGCUACAACCACUGGCAGGAUGCUGUGCUGGGGAUAGAUAGGACCAUUUGCUCUCCCACUAUUUAAAAGAAGAGUCACCACUUUAAAAAGUGCCUCUUUGCUCAGUUAACACAUAUAAUAGAUACGAUCUGUGUACAGUCUCUGGAUGCACAGAUCCGUACACAACAAGUACAGUUAUUCACAGGUGGGCAACACACAAACAGAAGUACACUGCUUCUCUGUAUCCUGCAUUUGAGAGGGUCUGUAUCCAGGUUCACUUUUAAAAUUAAUGCAUGUACAGUCAUUCACACACAAAAACAUGCGCAUGUGUACAGACACGCAAAUGCAUGUACACAAGGGUGGCUCCAGAGGGGGACAAGCGCCCUCAGAAAAUUAGUUGGCUCCCAGCUGCCUCCUGUCCUAUUUCUGUUUCAGAAAUCAAACAUAUGGGAUACAGCUCACCCACCCAAAAAUGCACUUUGCCCCUUCUGUGCCCCUCUCAUUUUUGUUCAUGGGCGUAUCUAUAGGGGGGCAGGGGGGGCACGUGCCCCCGGCGCCACUCUGCUUGAUCACGUGGGGGUGCCAAAAAGAGCCCCUGCCUUUCCUUAAAAAAAUUAUUUUUGUUCAAUUUUUUUUUUUUUUUUUGCGCAGCAGGCAGUGGGACGCAUUGGGCAGUCCCCCUCCCCGGGUCCGGCGCCCCCCAUUGCUCAGUCUUGGUGCCACCGCAGCGCGGGCGCCUAAAGUGCAGUGACUUGAGUCAGUGCCUGCCUGCUUGCUGCCACUUCAGCGAAUCGGCGUCCCGCCAUUAAUCAUCCUCAGUCCUCUCUCCGCUGACGUGGCAUCCCCGCCCUUUGGUGCCCCCCCCUCCACCAGUCGCGCAUGCGUGUCUGGCCUCACACAGCGACCACGAGGCAGGAGACUGCAGCGCUUUGUGCAGCAGCAGCCAGCACAGGAGUGGAGGUGGAAGAGGAUUCGACGGCCUGCCUGCCUUGCCUUCAAUCAUCACCUCACACCAGUGCCACAACAAGCAACGCAAUCAAGCCAGCGUCGUUAGACAAGAAGGCGUGGUCUUUGAACAUUUUACACAGAUCCUAAAUAAGAGAAGAAUCAAUAAUGUAGAUACCUGCCCUGACUGCUACCCUGACUGCCUGAUUUCACUUAGAUAAGGGUUUUACUUUGCCAAAGAAUGAGCAUGAUUCUGCCACCACAUCCAGCCCAUCUUCCUUUGACCAAUGCAAGACAAAGCAACAUCAGGAGGGCUGCUGCCUGCUGACAUCAUAUCCUAUCCUCCAAGCAAAUCCUGCUUCAUCACUUCAUCAACCAACAAAAUAGCCUUCCUUCACCUGUGACUUCUUUGAAAACUGCUUGCAAAGGGAGAAAAUGGCCAGAGUUUAUUCUUUCCUGUGUGUCCUCCUGAUGUUCUGCUGCUGCAGCUCCCAAACUGACAUAAAAAUCAAGUUGGGUAAAGACUCUCCCCAACUCGGGAGAGAAGUAGAACUGUACUGUGAGUCGAGCUUCUCAGAGACUGGUGUGUUCUGGAUGUUACACGACAAGGAGAACAAUCCCCACUUCCUCUUAUAUAUUUCUUCACGGGGCACGAUAACAUCAACAGCAACACCAACAAACGAUUUUGGUGUAAGAAAAAGUGGCAACACUUACAUGCUGAAAGUGAAUCACUUCAAGAAGCAGAAUGAGGGCACGUAUUAUUGCAUUGUUAAUCGCAACCAGGCCUUGUAUUUCAGUCAAGGCCAGAAUGUCUACCUGCCAGUGAGUACCACCCAAUCUCCCACCACCCGUAAGGCUGCAACUCAGGCUCCAAACACCACAAAAAACCCGGUGGAAUACUCAUAUCCGUCAGAGAAAAUUCCAGGUAAUGAAGGUCCAAAGUUCUUCUGUGCUGUGUACAUCUGGGCUCCCUUAGCUGGGGGUUGCCUCUUCCUGCUAAUAAUCUUUCUGAUCACCUUAUCAGUGUGCUGCGAUCCAAGAAGAAGAAGAAGAAGAUGUAGAUGUAAAAGGCCUACAAAUGGAACCAAUGGAACCAAAUUGAACCAAUAUUCACCACAGUAGAAUCAUGGAACAGUACUGGCGUAUUACAACUGGAUUCACCAAUACAUCUUCACUGAGUCAUACCCUCAAAUAUUACACAAAUGAAAAUAGGGGCAAUCUUGUAAUAUCCCUGUUCUCACAUACCAGGAAUUAAUGCUCAAGUCCUGAUCCUCCCAUUUACACAUUAUGGAAGACGGUUCUUCAUCUAUUAAUUUAUUCUGAAAAAGCCUGUCCUAUACUGACUUCUGAAGCAGGGUGAGGUAAUAAAUGGAUCAUAAAUGUUUAUUUCAUUGAUGUGGCAGCCACCUUAGGCACAGAUUGGUGGAAGCAGUAGUUUGCAUACCAGCUGCCUCCACUAACCCACUGCCUUUGGUUGCCUUGGUGGGCUGGUUGACUUCCCCAAGGCUCACCUGGUAGUGCUGGUGACAUAUGCACCCGCUGCUGCCACAGCUGCUCUUGCCCUCCUCCUCCCAGCUGCUCAUCCUGCUCUGUCUUUUCAAAAGGCAGAGAGUGUAUAGGACAGCAGCAAAUGUCUUUGAAGCACUUCCUGAUGCUCUAUUCCCUGUCCUCUGCCUUUUAAAAAGAGGGUAGGACGUGUGUGGAGAGGAAGCAGAAGAAAUGGAGUGGCUAUCACGCUUAUAAUCAGCAAGUAAGGGGAGAGGGGCAGGGUGGAAUCAGUGCUCUCCAGAUACAGUGGGGUUGGGGAGAGAUUGGAGUGGCAGGAAUUGCCUGGGGUAGGGGAUUUUGGACAGAACUGGGCAGAUGAGAGAACUGAUGGGGGUCAGAGUGGGAGCAACAGCUCACCAUUCUGCCUCAGGCACUGGGGUGGGGAUUUGUACAGAGCCUGUAUUAAAACAAAAAACCUUUAGGAUGUUUAAUAGAUUAUCAUUAUCAUUGUUAUUUUAAUAUACAAAAAGGAUAUAUCCUAGAGAGAAAAUAAACAGAUAAGUAUACCAGUCAUCACCUUAAGUGGCGCAGCGAGGAAAUGCUUGACUAACAGGCAGAAGGUUGCCGGUUUGAAUCCCCACUGGUACUAUAUCGGAAAGCAGCAAUAUAGGAAGAUGCUGAAAGGCAUCAUCUCAUACUAAGCGGGAGGAGGCAAUGAUAAACUCCUCCUGUAUUCUGCCAAAAAACCCCACAGGACUCUGUGGGUGCCAGGAGUCGAAAUCGAUUUGACAGCACACUUUACCUUUACCUAUACUGAGAUAUGUACAAGAAAUAGAUACAUUGUAAACCAAGCUUUCUAAAAAUUCAAUUUAUUGCACCUAUGCACAAAGACGGACAUUCUGAGCAGUGCUAGAAUCAGUAUCAUGUAAUGGGUCCAUGGAGGAUUCUGCAACAAAGCUCAACCCAGCAUGUUGCCGAGCAGGGGAACGUUUAUGGAGAGGAAGCGGGUAGUAAUUUUUGCUGAUAUCUCCUCCCUCCAAAAGUACCUUUUGACCUCAGAAAUAUGUCCCUGAGGGCUUCCAAGCUAGGUGUAAGUUGCAGGGUUACAUAUAUGAGAGAGAGAAAUUGUAGAGAGCCUGGAAUGAAGUGGCUGAACAGCAAAGUACUUUUCACCUUGGGGUGAAAAGUACACCUGUCUAAGGAAUUGACGUAGUCUGUUGCUGAUUUUUAGGAAUGCUCUGUUAUUGCAACCUCAACUAAUUAAAAACUAUUAUAUUUGUAAAUAAACUGAAUAUUACAAAGA